GUUUUUCUGAGAAAAAUAGUCUGUUCUUCAUACGUUUCAUUCCACAGUAUCUAAAACUUAACAGAAAUUAAGCCUCUCUUUUCUCUCUCUGUGCAUCCAUCUCUCUCAGAGUCACAACUCAUAAACAAAAACCCUAAUUUCCAUUCCGAAGAAACACCCAACCCAACGCCGGUUUCUUCUCAUUCUCAUUCCCCAACUCUCUCCGCCGGUGACUCACUUUCAAUCUCGGCGAAACGCAUUGUUUGGAAUAUUGGUUGGUUAUUGAAACGGUUACGGUUUUGGUAAACCGGCAGAAAUCAUCGUAUUGGGGGUUAGGGUUUGUCGUAAUUUGUUCCUGCGUCUGCCUUCCUUAGAGGAAUUCGCUUGCUUUGUUGAACAAAUUUUGUUGUUGUUGCGGUUCAAACCCUAGCACUUGGGAUUAUUACAUGUUUUAGAUAUCUGUUUCUUCUAGGGUUUUGAUCAUUUUUUCCCAAUUUUUCUGGCGCCCGGACUCUGAUUUUGGUGUUCAUUAGGGUUAUGCCUGAUUGAACUGGUAUAUGGGUGUUGAAUAUUUUGAGAGAAUUCUGGAUGAGGGUCUUCUGAGAGUGAAUUAGCAUCUGUAAAUCCAUCUUUGAUAGUAGAUGGUGGGUUAGAGAGGUUUUGUGUUUAUAAUUAACACCACUACCUUGGCGUCUGUUCUCGCCAUUGCCUCAAUUUUUCUUGUUCUGGGUUCUUACUGCUUUAAAAUCCUUGACCUUUGAACAAUACCCUUUGAUUUCACUGAAUAACACAUUAUGUUAUACUCAUAAAACUACUGGUGAGUCUGUGACUUGUUUUGUGGGUGCCAUUUGCGAAGGAGUAUAAGUUAUUGAGAGGAAAGUCAGGUAAGGGAUAGGGUCAGAAGUCAGGACUCUUGUGUAGAAGGGAUAAAUUGUUUUCUUGGAGAGGUGGGAGAAGGUCAGAGAAGUGUUUUUCUUGUUACAUCUGAACAUGUUCAGUGUCCCUUAUGGAAAGAAGUGAACCCACACUAGUUCCAGAAUGGUUGAGAAGCACUGGCAGUGUUACCGGGGGUGGCAAUUCAGCCCACCACUCUACAUCAUCUUCUUCACACACAGAUGUUAAUUUGCCCUCGCAUCACCUCAGAAAUAGAAACACUAGGAGCACUAGUGAUUUUGAUUCCCCUCGUUCAGCAUUCUUGGAUCGAACUUCUUCAUCAAAUUCACGGAGGAGUUCCAGUAAUGGUUCUGCAAAGCAUGCCUAUGGUAGCUUUAGUCGGAAUCACCGUGAUAAGGACAGAGAAAGAGAUAAAGAGAGAACAGGCUUUGGGGAUCAUUGGGACAAUGAUUCUUCUGACGCCUUAGCAAGCAUCUUAACUAGUAGGGUUGAGAAAAACACAUUGCGCCGUUCUCAUUCUAUGGUGUCAAGAAAGCAUGGUGAACUCUUUCCCGGAAGAGUUACAGCUGACUCAAAAGACACAGGCAAUGGCAAUCAUAGCAAUGGCAAUGGUCUGCUUUCUGGAAGUGCUAUUGUUAGUAGCAGCAUCCAGAAGUCAGCAUUCGAGAAAGAUUUUCCUACACUUGGAACUGAGGAAAAGCAAAGAGUUCCAGAUAUACCCAGAGUUUCCUCUCCUGGUUUGAGCUCAGCUGUUCAGAGCUUGCCUGUUAGUAGUUCAUCAUUGAUUGGUGGGGAGAGAUGGACCUCAGCUCUGGCUGAGGUCCCUACUCUGGUUGGAACUGGUAGUGCAGGCUCCUUGUCUGUUCUACAAACUGUCUCUGCUUCAGGUUCUGGGGUGCCAAGUCCAACGAAUGCUCUUAAUAUGGCUGAAGCAUUGGCACAAGCUCCAUCACGUACCCGUACUGAUCCACAGGUGUCUAUCAAGACACAAAAACUUGAGGAGUUGGCUAUUAAGCAAUCAAGGCAAUUAAUACCAGUGACACCUUCAAUGCCUAAGGGUUUGGUUCUUAACUCUUCUGAUAAAUCAAAACCUAAGACAGCAGUCAGACCUGUUGAGAUGAACAUGGCUGUCAAGAGUGGGCAGCAGCAACCUCCUUCGUUGCAUCAUGGUAAUCAAUCUCAAGUUGGAAAUAUGAAGUCUGAUGUUACGAAAGCGACUCAUGGGAAGCUUUUGGUUCUCAAACAAGCAAGGGAAAAUGGGAUCUUGUCCCCUCAAAAGGAUAUUCCAAAUCUGGCAAACAAUGCCAACAGCCGAGUGGCAAAUAACCAACUUUCUGCUUCACCAUCUGUUCAAUCUGCUCUGUUGCAGAGCUCAAACAGCUUAAAGCUCCGUACUGGGGAACGCAAGGUAGCUGGCUCAAAUCUGUUACCUGGGUUUGCUGUGGAGAAGAGACCUUUGGCUCAAACCCAGAGCCGAAAUGAUUUCUUUAAUCUCCUAAAGAAGAAGAAUGGAACAAACACUUCUUCUGAUCUCCCAGAUGCAGGUCCAAAUAUUUCAUCUCCCAUUGCAGAGAAAUCUGAAGUAACAAAGGAAGUAGUCAGUCCUUCUGCAACUCCUCAUGCUUUUGAGAAUGGUGCUGCAGCAACUAGCAAUGGUAUUACUCAUCAAGAGGGUCACAGAUUCUCUGAUGAUGAGGAGAAGGAUACGAGCUAUAGCACUCCUGUUCUUCCAGAGGAAGAGGCUGCCUUCCUUCGUUCUCUUGGAUGGGAUGGGAAAUAUUGUGAGGAUGAAGGCCUAACGGAAGAGGAGAUCAAUGAUUUUUAUCAGGAGUUGAAAUUAAGGCCAACUACUCUUAAGCUCUGCCAUGUCAUGCAGUCAAAGCUGCCUGAAGCCUUUGCAACUAAUUUGGAUGGAGCUUCAUCUGUUUUGAGUUCAUCUGACUCCAAAUCUGAAGCUUGACUUACCGUGCAGUCCAAAGAUCCAAUUUUUGAUGGCAGUUGGAUGGAUAGCUUUUCUUUCUUUUUUCCUUUUUUCCUUUUUGAAAAGCUAAUGAAGUGGGCACGGAAGAAGGUGGGUUUCGGUUGGAACAAUGCAUUUUGCAAAUAGUGCAAUAAGUCCUCCUGCCUGGCUAAGUGGCUAUCCCUGGUGAAUUCUUUAGGUUUGAUUCUUGAAGGUAGUUAGGGGCUAUGUUGUCUCUAGUGGAGGAGGCUGGAAAGUUGCAUUGCAUCUUUUGGGGAAUUUCAUCCUUUUCUUCCUUGAAGAGGUUUCAAAUUUACCAUUUUUUUUUUUUUUUGGUUAUCUUUACGGGAAAGAAAAAAAAGGGAAAUUAAGAAGUUUGAUAUUU